AUGACUGGGAUUCUUGGAGAUACUGCAAAGGUUGUCGCUUUGCGUAUAGGAGCACUUAGUAUCCUGGGAAGGAAUAUAUUUCCAUCGGCUUUAUAUCAGGAACACUGGACCACCAAUCUUCUCCCAUCGUCCUCCUCGUAUAAGGAGAUUCUGCCACCGAAAACCUCAGCUGUUGGCACUACUAGUCAUGGCUGGGACAGGGUGGGAUCCGCAGCAGGCGAGGGGGGUGUUCGUCGGAGAUUUCGGGGAUUCGGUGACUUACGCGAAGCGAGAGCAGAGGGUCCUUUCCUCCGGCAUGGAAGCGCUACGGGAAAAGACCGUACUACUUACCCAUCCGUGUGCACCGAUUUCGACAUGGAAUAUGUGUGGAUUCUUCAGUAG